UUAGUUUUUCAAGAAAAGAAACGUUUUUCAAGGAUUAUCUUCGUUUUAAAGGCUGCCAACAUUAACAGUUUUUCAGGGAAUGGAGUACAGACCUGAGUUUGAAGAUCUCUGUCCAGUGUGUGGAGAUACCGUUUCAGGGUAUCAUUACGGCUUAUUGACAUGUGAAAGUUGCAAGGGCUUUUUCAAGAGGACGGUUCAAAAUAACAAGAAAUACACUUGUGCUGAAAACCAGAGCUGCAGAAUAGAUAAAACUCAGCGCAAGAGAUGUCCCUUCUGCCGAUUUCAAAAGUGUCUUAAUGUUGGAAUGAGGUUAGAAGCGGUCCGUGCUGACCGGAUGCGCGGGGGAAGGAAUAAAUUUGGGCCCAUGUACAAGCGUGACAGGGCGCUGAAGCAACAGAAGAAAGCCCUGAUCCACAUAAGCAGCUUCAAACUGGAGCCAAGUCCCUCGCUGGUCCCGAGUCUGACUCCGUCCGAGAGCAGCAGCUUCCCAGGGGGCGGCCUGUCUGGUCUGUUGCCCCCUCUCACCCCUCCAGACUCUGCCUACGGGCCUCCUCCAUAUUGCCCCCCUUCCCUGGGGGUCGCUCUCCAAACCCACGGUGGCGCCAGCUUCCCUGGUCAGUACCAAUACACCACCACAGCAGCUGCCGCCGCCACACCUUUCUCCCCCAGGUCCAUCAAGUCCGAGUACCUGGAGCAGUACACCUACAUCCCUGACUCCCCUCCUGGGUACACCUACCCCGAGGGCAGGCUGCCGGGCUCGCCCCACACCCACACCCCCAGCCUCCCGCCCCACACCCACAGCCCCUCCUCCUCCACCACCACGCCGCCACAGCUGGUGCUGAGCCUGCUGCACUGCGAGCCGGACGAGGCCCAGGUGCGGCUGAAGGUGCUGCGGUACCUGAGGCAGCAGGAGGAGGGCGGGCGGGGCAAGCAGCAGCAGGAGAUGGAGAGAGUGGAGAGCUCCUUCAGGCUGCUGUGCAUCAUGGCCGACCAGACACUCUUCUCCAUCGUGGACUGGGCCCGCAGCUGCAUCUUCUUCAGAGAGCUCCAGGUGGGAGACCAGAUGAGGCUGCUCCACAGCUGCUGGAGUGAGCUGCUGGUGCUGGAUCACGUCUGCAGACAAGUGCAUCAUGGGAAGGAGAACACUAUCUUGCUGGUGACAGGAGAGGAGGUGGGGAUAUCCUGCAUUUUAGGCCAGGCAGGACCGCCCCUGGUGGGCCUCAUGCAGAGAGCACAGGAGCUGGUCAAGACACUGCACACCCUGCGCAUGGACACCAGGGAGAUGGCCUGCUUCAAGUUCCUCACUCUCUUUAAUCCAAGUGUAAAGCUGUUGGAGAACCAGGCAUUUGUGGAGAGCGUCCAGGAGCAGGUGAAUGGCGCCCUGCUGGAGUACACCCUGUACGCCUACCCCCAGUCUGUGGAUCGCUGCAGCCAGCUGCUGAUGUGCCUCCCGGAGAUGCGGAUGCUGAGCACGCAGGCUGAGGACUACCUGCACUACAAGCACCUGACUGGAGAGGUGCCCUGCAACAACCUGCUCGUGGAGAUGCUCCACUCCAAGAGAGCCUCUGUAUGAGCCAUGUGAGGUUCUUACCGUGGCUUUUGUGUGUGUGUGUGUGUGUGUGUGUGUGUGUGUGUGUGUGUGUGUGUGUGUGUGUGUGUGUGUGUGUGUGUGUGUGAGAGAGAGAGAGAGAGAGAGAGAGAGAGAGAGAGAGAGAGAGAGAGAGAGAGAUAAGAUAUAAGAGAAUGUGUGAGUGUGAGUGAGGAAGAGACAGUGUGUGUGUGUCUGCGUGUGUGUGAGGGAGAGAGUGUGUGUGUAUGCAUGUGGGUUUUGUUUGUGUUUGCAGGAGACAAAAAGUUUGAGGUAAGAACUAGAUUUCAAAUUGUAAAAAUAAACAAAUAAAUAAUAAAUAAAUGAGAUUAACCUGCAAUGUCAUAGUAUUGUUCUUGCAUGUGUGUGUGUGAUAUUGCCUUUAUUUUUCUAUCAUGUCAUUCUGUUACUGUAUCUUGAAGCUCUUCACUAGUCCAACCAAAAAUGAACAGUCUUACUGAAUGGACCGAAUUUGAAAAUUUCAUAGAUUGUGGAUUAUUUUUCCUAAAGCUU